CUUCAUUUCUAUAAAUUCUGUGGAGUUUACUUACAAAAAUCUCUUUUGGCAUAAAUUAUUUGAUCAAAAUGGAUAUUGACAAUAUCUUAAAGCCAAAUAUAUCAGCAGAAGCAGCUGUUGAGAUGGUACGAAACAUGUACGGAUUGGAAGUGACAAGCAUAAAACCCAUGGGUAGUUUUAAUGAUCAAAAUUUCUAUAUUCAGAUUUCAAACCAGCAUCAAAAUCCCUAUAUUGAUGAAGUAUCAGAGGAUGGAUACACGCUGAAGAUCAUUAAUGCUACAAAAAGCUCUAUUGCUGGACAUUUUGAUUCGAUGCAUGUAGCACUCCAUCACUUGCAAAGGAAGGGAUUACGAGUGCCAGUACCAGUAAAAAAUCUUGAAGGGAGCACUUGGAAAGUGGAAAAUGUGCGAGUGCUUAGUAAAGAUAAAGAAUCAAACGCCAAUGAAAAAUGCGGCGUGCAUCUUCUGACGUAUCUUACCGGAACACCAAUUGCUGCCAUUCAGAUUACUCCAGAUAUUUUAUUUAACUGGGGUUACCUGCUUGCUCAGUUUCAUAAUGCGACUGAGGAUUUGGUCUGUCCAGAUUUGAAGGAAAAAGAAAUUUUCUAUAAUUUGGAGCAUGUAACUGAUGUUAAAGCUUAUAUGAAAGUUAUCCAAGAUGAUAGAAUUCAUCUUCUUCAGAACGUGAUGGACACAUAUCCUUCCGAAAUCUCCAAGAGUAUCAAUAAACUCCCAAGAGGGUUUAUUCAUGGUGAUUUCAGCCAUAACAACAUUCUCACAAGAGAAAUACCAUCAGAAGGAAAAGAAAAAUCCAUCGUAGUUGACGGAAUUAUCGAUUUUGAAGAUAUGCACUAUGGAACAUAUUUAUGGGACAUCAGCCUGUUGAUGGCAGAUUAUUGUUUGAAUCCUGAUUUGGAGUCUUUGUAUGCACUUGGUCACGUCUUGGCUGGUUAUAUGAGUCUUAGACAUUUCAAUGAUUUGGAAUUAUCUUUACUCAAGAUGUGCAUUGAAUGCCGCCUUUGCCAGGUGUUGAUUUGUUGUUUGCAUGCCAAAAUAACGUAUCCUGACAAUGCGUACAUUUCAAAGAUAUUUACGGCUGAAAUGAAGUGGACUCGACUGCAACAGUUGGCUGACAUUUCGAACGCAAAUCUUCUUGAAAAAUGGAACAAGAUCAUCCAGAGUUAUUCUUUAAGCAAACGAUAA